UGUAGCCCUGCAUGCUUUGCUUCAUAUCGCCACAAACUGGCAACGAGCGCACACAGAAAGCCGACUUCUCAUUCAGGACUGAGCUAAAUUGAGUGAAACCUUAAUUUUUGUUGGCUCCAGUGGAAGAAAAUCCUUCGUGUGAGACCAUGACGGGACUAUGUCAUGCCGUGUUUGAGUUUUUUUAGGCUCCUCGGCUGCUCCUGCCGCUCCUGCUGCUGAUGGUGAUGAUGCCGACAUGGCUCUCUCUCAAGCAGCGACAGUAAAGUUUUUGGGGGGCUGAUUUCCCUCGCUUGAAAUCCUCCAGCUGAGGCUCGUUGGAGCUGCUUGAGUGUCAAAAUCUGGGAGUGUAGCCGGUUUGAAGAUGAACUUUGGACAUCUGCUGCUUGUGUUGCUCACCUUCACAACCAUUUCAUCAGGGUCUCGAGUGCGCUUCGAAGACAGCGCCCCUCGGAUUGUGGAGGACCCUUCAGACCUGAUCGUUUCCAAAGGGGAGCCGGCCACCCUCAACUGUAAGGCGGAGGGCCGACCCAGUCCAAGUAUGGAGUGGUACAAAGAUGGAGAGAGGGUUGAGACGGACAGGGACGAUCCCCGCUCUCACCGUAUGCUCCUGCCCAGCGGCUCGCUCUUCUUUCUGCGCAUUGUGCACGGCCGGCGGAGCAAACCUGACGAGGGUGUUUACACCUGUGUGGCACGCAACUACCUGGGGGAGGCCAUUAGUCGCAAUGCUUCGCUGGAAGUUGCAAUUUUAAGAGAUGAUUUCCGGCAAGCUCCGAGUGACGUGGUAGUGGCCGCUGGCGAGCCAGCAGUCCUGGAGUGUGUGCCCCCGCGUGGUCACCCUGAGCCCCUUGUAUCCUGGAAGCGCAACAAUGUUCGAGUCAACACUAGAGACGAACGCAUCUCUGUGCGGGGAGGCAAACUGAUGAUCUCCCACACGAAAAAAGGUGACGCGGGCAUGUACGUUUGUGUGGGCACCAACAUGGUGGGAGAACGUGACAGCGACCCCGCUGAGCUGGUGGUGUACGAGCGGCCCGUGCUGGUGCGAAGGCCCGUCAACCAGGUGGUGAUGGAGGAUGAAACCGUCGACUUCCUUUGCGAGGUCCACGGGGAUCCUCCUCCCACUGUGCGAUGGCGGCGAGAGGAUGGGGAACUCCCCCGUGGGAGGUUUGAGAUUCGCAACGGCAACAGCCUGCGUUUAUUCCGUGUGAAAGAACAGGACGAGGGGGCGUACACCUGCACGUCUGAGAACAGCGUGGGCAAGACCGAGGCCUCGGCCAUGCUGCAAGUGCACGUACCACCUCAAAUCGCAAGCAAACCCCGGGACCAGACCGCAUCCCAGGGGAGGAGCGUCACCUUCCAGUGUGGCACGACAGGAAACCCCCCACCUGCCAUCUUCUGGCAGAAAGAGGGCAGCCAGAUGCUGCUGUUCCCCGGCCAACCGGCCUCACAGUCUGGCCGUUAUUCAGUGUCUAUGAGCGGGCAGCUGACCAUCACUGACAUCCACCCAGAGGACUCAGGGUUCUACAUCUGCCAGGCCAUCAGUGUGGCAGGAAGCGUGCUGAGUAAGGCUCUGCUGGAAGUAGAGGGAGGACCGUCAGGCCGGAUCCCGCCAAUUAUCCGCCAAGGCCCGGCCAAUCACACAGUGUCACGCGGUGCGACGGCUCACCUGCACUGCCACGUCAUCGGAGGACCCUCGGUAAAGAUUUCCUGGGAGAAGAACGGAGAAAGAAUUGAGGGAAAUAAAGCCCGUCAGACCUUGGUGGAGAAUGGCACUUUGGAAAUUAGAGACAUACAGGAAGCAGACUCGGGCAUGUACACGUGUGUCGCUUCCAGCACCACCGGGGAGUCGAGCUGGAGCGGGAUGCUGACUGUCAGAGAAGGCGGGGUCCCCUCCACAUCCAGAAUGUCUGAGUUCAUCCAGCUGCCAGGUCCCCCGCAGAAACCCGUGGUGACUGAUGUCACCAGAAACAGCGUCACCCUCACUUGGCAGUCCAACCCGCAUGAGGGCGGGGCCGCCGUCACCUCCUACAUUAUUGAAGCCUUCAGCCAAUCGGUGGGCAGCACCUGGCAGACUGUGGCCGACCAAGUGAGGCACGAGCGGCACACCGUCGUGCGACUCUUCCCCAACACAGUUUAUCUUUUUAUCGUCCGAGCGGUCAACUCUUACGGCUUGAGUGACCCCAGCCCGAUAUCUGAACCUGUCAGGACGCAGGAUGGUAGUCCGCCAGAAACUGGUGUGGACCACAGACAGGUGCAGAGGGAAUUAGGCGAGACGUCUCUCUACCUGCAGAAACCCAUCGUUCUGUCUCCCACCAGUGCCAAGAUUUUUUGGAGUGUCGGUCGUCAUUCCCGCUACGUUCAGGGUUACCGCGUGUUUUACCGCACCGUCGGCAGCCCGUGGUUGGUCCAGGAUGUGGAAGCCGCAUCGGAGCAUAGCACCAUUUUAAUAGAUCUGCUCAGCAACACAGAAUACGAGGUCAAGAUACGGCCUUACUUCAAUGAGCUGCAGGGGCACGACAGCCUCAUUGUGUUGCUGCACACCCCGCAGGAAGCGUUGAGCGCAGCACCACAGGCUGUGUCAGUGGUGCAGCUCACCAACAGCACCAGAAUCAGCGUGUCCUGGGAGCCGCCGCCUCAUAACGCUCAGAGCGGCAUCAUCCGGGAGUACAAGGUGUGGUGUGUAAGCAGCAGUUUGGAGCAGGAGAACCACAUCAACCGAACAGUGGAUGGCGCUGUCCUGUCCAUCCUGCUGAAUGAUCUGCUGCCGGAUGUCCGCUACGCUGUCACAGUGGCCGCUGUCACCAGCCUGGGCGUCGGUGCGCAAAGCCCACCCGUCGACCUUCUUCUCACUCUGCCGGGGGUUCACACCUUAACACCCGUGAGGAACGAUGGCAGCGGCAACGUCAGCAUUUCGGAGCAGAUCACCAUCGUCAUGCGGCAGCCGGCGUUCAUCGCCGGGCUUGGCAUGGCCGCCUGGCUGGCUCUGAUGGGCUUCAGCGCUUGGUUCUAUUGCCGCCACCGCAGGAGGAAGCAGCUGGGCCACUACACCACCUCCUUUGCAUACACCCCAGCAGUUGGCUUUGCUCAUGGGGAAGGAUCUGGAAUCAUCAAUGGAGGACAUACAGUAUCAUGUAGCCUUUCCAGUCCUAGCAUGUUGGGAUCAAAUAUGGGCACCUUCCCCUGGCUGGCCGACUCGUGGCCCACUCCGAACCUGAUGCACGCCAGCAAAGACUCCAUCAACUGCUGCUCUGGCAAACUGGACUCAGAUAAAUAUUACAACGCUGUCGGUAUCGCCAAUUACCACCCAGAGAAACACAACGAGAGUCCCAUCUACAGCACCAUCAACACAGCGGCAGAGGAAGACCUGCUCACCUAUUAUGACACCUACUCCAGCGCCUCAUACAACCAGGGCCCUGACCCGUACAGCAGCAACCCAGCGCUGUCCAAUAAUGGCCUCGUGGGUCUGGAGCAGGACCUGGAUCAUUGGACCAUCCAGUCUGGUCAUUCCACGUCUGAAUACGCCAAGCUUCAGUACUCCAAGAAAAACAACGAUAAACUGCUAAAGCAAAGAUCUGCUGGUUCCGUGUGCAAGUCCACUCCGCUCACCUGGGUGGACGUGCUGUCGCUUCCUCUCCCGGCCAACAAGGAUGGAAGUCACCCAAAGGCUGAUGAAGAGGAGCAGCACAGCUCCGGGGAGGAAGAUGACGACUGGUGUCCCCCGCUGCCCGCCAGAACCUACCUAAUGGACGCCCCUAAAGAGGAGCCUUCCACCAGCCACCAGCCGGCCUGGGAGCUGUCAUACCCAGCUUCCCCUCAGCGGGAUACGUUAGAGCCCAACGGGAGUCCGCGGCUGCAGCACAUCGACCUCAUGGCCCGUCACCACUCCCAGUUCUCCCAGUCCAACCCGGAUCUAUUUACCAAGACGCGGGAUGCCGUUGAGGUGUACCACACCAGCCAAUGGGGCAACAGCCUCUGCAAAGGACAAUCUCUUGCUCCAGCCGGCGAUUUGAGCCCUGCAGCCCAAGCACACAGAUCCAGGAAUAAGAAAAAACUCCCCAAGGAUGGACAACUCAGACGGGAGCUACACAACCAAGCAGACCCGUGCGCUCAAUUUGUGAAGGAAGGCACGCUUAUGUGAUUCAUUGACUGAAGAGGCGGACUUUGCCAUGGCAGCUUUUUUUGGGGCUGUGUGAAAACCAUGGAACAUGGAGUUUUCCCAACACUUGUGAAUGUCAUUGAAAGCCAUGAAAAAGAUAAAGCCAAUUUUUAAUUUGAAAAGGCCUUAUCCAUUGAAGGAGAAUGUAACAGGUUUAAUUGAUAUCUGCAUUUCACCGUGAAGAAUAUUUGGCUACAUAUACUCUGAUGCAUAGCCAGUGCUUUUGCUCGUGUGUGUCGUCAUGGUGAUGUAAGUGUGUGUACUGUAUAUACGCUUCAACCAGGGGCCUCACUUAUAAAACUGUGCGUGGAAAUCAAACUACAAGUCUGUGUACGCCAGAAACCCAAAAUGUGCAUACCUGACAAAAAUAUUCAGACCUAAAACAUUUGACAACACCCUCAUUUUAGGGUUGCUCCACCCAAUGUGUGUAUCUUGAAUGAAAGUGCGCAGUGACAGACUUAAGGAGAGAGCCGCACAGCCAGUAUCCGCACAGCUUGGUGUUUUUCACCGCUUAAGCAAAUGGGAGAAUGGGGCCCUUAAUGAACAUUUAAUAUCACUUUUUACCUUUAUUGAAGACUCAUCAAUCAGCGCAGGGCGCACAUUGCUCAUUAGGGGGAAGAAAGGAGACAGAAACAGAGUCGUUCAUUGUUCUGUGUGCGUUCUAUGAACAAAUGAACCUGUCGCAAACACACAUAAUAAAGAUGAUGCGCGUAAUCUGCCUAUCGUGUCCGAACUCUAAAAGAACCAAUAUCUAUUCUUCACACGUGGAUGCUUAGUUUGGGAACUCUUUGGCAAUGCAAUAGGUUUUCGUACCACCCAGUUUUCGACGAAAAUGAUUGCCAAACACACUUCUCGGUUUUUGUGCUCUGUCUCGGUUAUUGUACUCGAACUGUUCCAUUUGUUCGGUUCGUCCCUUUUUAGCAGGGGAGGAACCACAAAGGUUGUUUCAUUCUAUCAGCUGGGAAACAACUACAUUAACUCAAAUAAAGUAGUAAGUUUAAGUUUACUCCAAUAAGAGUAGAUAGUGACAAUGGCAAUGCCAGCGCUGGAGAGAAGCGAUCAGCCACCAACCGAAGCAAAGCCUUGUGAAGUCUGAGCAAUCUCUGAGGAAGAACUCUGGUCAAUGGAGGUAAACUUCCCUCUUAGUUGUUGGGACAUUAGUUUAAACUGGUUCCAGCCAGUCUUGGAUGGAUAGCUGAUCUAGAAACUGUAUGUGUGUUUGUUCCAAGUGAAAGGCCUUAUUAUAUAUCUCAGUGGUGAACAGGCACAAACAUGUUGCUGUGCCAAAAGAGAGCGUAAAAUAUUCCAUUCCUAACACCUGCGCAUCAUUCUGCUGAAUCGAGUGCCCGUACAAAGAAUCCCACACGUUGGUGACUCAGUGUUGUUGUGUGACUUGUCUUUAUUACAAAACAUGCCUGAUAGCCUGCAUCAGCUCCCACCGGGAAGUCAUUGUCCCCCUGCUCCAUCGCCUCUCUAUGACAUCAUCAGUGCUUGACUCUUUAGUUCGUUGCUUACUAACACACUUAGACCACAAGUCUUUUAUUGAGUACCGCUGCAAAAUAACCACUAUUGGCCAAAGAAAGUUGAUAAAGAAAGUGAGAAACACUAUUGAAUUCAAGAAAGACGUGGCAGCAAAACACAAAGAUGUGCAUGUGGCUCGCGCUUUCCUGUCUUUGCAGAAGAGUCUUCAAUAAAGAUAAAAAAUUAUGUCAAAUGUUCAUUUAUCCAUUUCAUUGGUUAUCUAUAAUUAUUUCACAUUGUUUUCUGCAUACAAAACUAUAAUUAUUUUCUAUCAAAUUUAUUUUUUCUUAAUAUUUUUAAUAUUAUAUUUUGAGAUUUUGAGAUUUGUACAUAUAUAAUCUGCACCAGACUAUAAAAUGCACAUGUCCAUGUCAUAAAAUUACAUAUUCUGUCACGCACAUGUCCGUGAGGACCAGGCAGCUCUUUAUUUGACAGGAGCCAAUCAGAAAUUGCAGGAGGUCAUUACUUAAUAUAACAGUCUGACUCACGGUGUCAUCUUAGAAAGAACUCUAAAAUCAUCACACAGCAACUUAACACUCACAAGUUAGCUACCUCUUGUAAUUAUGACUUUAUCCCUAUAAUAUUUUAUAACGUGUUGUAAUAUUUUUGUAACGUUGCAACUUUUUCUGUAACCUAAUUUUCCAAAAAUUACAACUUAACUUAAUUACAACUGAAUAAUUAUAAUAAUAUAAAUCUUUCAUCUUUCAACUUUCUGCUACUGAAAUGAUGCUCUUUUAUUCUCAUAAAAUUAUGACUUUUUCUGCCCGAUCUUGUUUUUUCUCUCAAUAUUUAUUUUAUUUUUGUAAAAUGACUGCUUUAAAAUUGUUUGCUGUUGUUGUUGUUUUUUUUCUUUUUAGUUUUCUUGAUAAAUUGUAUUUUUUAGAAUGUUCCGCGGACCAAUAACAAAAUUUGGAUUCAACGUUUGGAUGCCCGCUCGCAGUGAUAGUUGGCCCUCCGGAUUUAAGAAGCCUAUUUUCCCCAUGAACAACUGUCCCACCCCAUUUGUAUGAAAGC